CGGGCCAGAGCAGCGCAAAGGUGCCCCGAGCGGCAGGCCCCAGAAGGAGGAGGAGGAGGAGGCCUCGCCUCGGGCCCUCGAGGUCAGUUCGUUAAUCGCUCUGCAGUCCGCUGGCCACAGGGUUCCAUUCCAGCAGCUGGGGUUUUGUUGUCUGUGAGCUCCUCGUCGACCUUUUGCGCAGAUUCUCCACGUGCCGACAGUGCGCCGGCCGCAAAGCUUCGGAGAAUGUGAAUCUGUUCCUGCUUCGCAAGCAGCACAACUUUCUCGGAUCGAAUGCCGUCUCGUGAGCCGUGAGGUCGCCUCGCCAAGUGCAGCUUUCUUCGUUCCAGCACUCGUUUGUCUGUGGGAUCGCAUUUCUCUCUCGGAGGGGUUUUUGUUUGUAGUGGUCAUUCGCUGAUAUGUAGGGUAGCGCAGCGAAGUGGAGUUUCGGUGAGGGAUUGGAGCCAUGGCAAGUAGUGUGAAGGGUACCGUGAUUCCUCUGUCGGAGACGAUCUCGAUUGCAGACGCUGAAAGAGCCGCCAGGCAGGUGCGCGAGGAGGUGGACAAGCAGCAGGAGUACCUGAAGGAGCUGCAGAGUUACCGUGAUGAGAACAAGGUCUUGUCAGGACUUGUAACGCAGCUCCCGGACUCCGUUUCUCAUAACGUCAUGGUGCCAUUUGGAAAAGCUGCAUUCUUCCCUGGACGUCUGAUACACACGAAUGAGUUUCUGGUUUUGCUUGGAGAAGGUUAUUAUGGAGAACGUUCGUCCAAACAAACUGUGAACAUCCUUGAAAGACGAAAUGAAUUUCUCUUGAGGAAGAUUUCCAGUGUUGAAUCUCAAAUCGCUGACCUAGAAGCGGAAGGUGCUUUUGCCAGCAACACAGCAGCCGAAGCUAAGGCUGGGGUUGUGGAGAUUAGAGAACAAAUCUUGGAAGAGUCCGAUAAAUCCUUUGACCAAGUACCGAGAAUUACCAUCAGAAAUAGAGAUGACCCAAAUCAGGACAAAAGCAAUUUCGAAGGUGAGAGUAGUCACGCAGCCUCCCUUCGAAGCAGUCAUAGUUCCAUGGAUGAAGACGAAGAACAUAAGCUGAUAAUGGCUAGAAUAGAGGCUUUGGAAGCUGCUGAAGAAGCUGCAGGACGGACGAGUGACGAAGAGGAUAUGAGUGACGAAGAAAAUAUCUCCAACGACGAUGAACUCGAUGCUGCGGAAGCCAUAACGAAAUCAAAGUCUUAUCUCUCCAAGGAUCAGAAAGCAACUUUGCUGGAAAAACUUAAUAGGUCCGAAGCUGAAGAUUAUGAUGGUGAGGAUUCUGACGAGGAAGACAGCAUGCUCGGUGGAUCUGGUUCGGAGGAAGAAUAUGACAUAGAGGAAGAAGACGAAGAAAGUAGAGCUCAUAAUAGGUUCUCAUCAAAUCAAGGAGCUGAGUCUAUUCGUACUGGUCAAGGCAAGGGUGUAAUCGAAAUGCCGGCAGAAGUGUCGAAGAAGACUAGACCUUUAUCAAGAUUUGCCCGAGAAUUUGCUGAUUCUGUCAAGGCACGCACCGACUCUGAGCAUGCUCAGCAGCCUCUGGUUUCACAGAGUCGAGAUACUCCAGCGAAGAAAGUUUCAUUCGCAGCGGAUAAAGACACCUCGUGUAGCGGUCUUGAGAUACCAGAUAUGCAAGGGCAGAAUGAGUUGCAAAAGCUAAAGGAUUGGAGGACGCAAGAGUCGAGCAAGCAAGGAUUUGUGCUAGGACAGGAGGCAGGGAAGACGAAUGUUGUCAAUCCUGUUAACAUCGACGAGACAAGAGGUCAAAAGAUGGCUCAACCUACACCAGGGCAGACGCAGGCAUUUACGGGAACAGUGACUGAGCACAACGUGAGAUCUACAGUUACGAAUCGUGCAGGAAUUGCAUCAGAGCCAAAUUCUAGGCCCACUAAUCGAAGUGGCACAGGAACCGUAACAGAUCGGAUGGUAAAGUCUAACAACCAGAGUGAUCAACAGGUUGAAGAACAGCCAUCAAGACCCGUUUCCAAGUUCAGGCAGAUGAGGCAGGCAGGAGGAAGAUGAGUUCUUUCAUGCUGCUCUAUGUAUCUGAAACCUAUGUGGACCACACACUGCAUGGAAUGAGGACUCUCAGAGGUCAGGAUCUUCGGCUCUGACUUCUCGGCUUGUGUGUAAUCAAAGAAGCGCUGUUGCAUCGAGCUGGACUCCUGUCAUCGAGGUCUGUAUUCCAGAAAGUAGUUCAUCAGGGGAAGUGGUGACGAAGUCCGUACAAGGCAGUCACAACUUCGAACUUCUGUUCAGGCGUUGCAUGAGGUUGUGGAGAUUUUGUCAACUCCAAUUCGGUUCUCUCUGUGGGUAUUGUAUGUACCGCAGCACUCCGUGAUGUCGACAUGCAACCUCCGGGGCUUGCUAUCUAAUUUUACUCGCCCGUGCAUUCCCACCUCAUGUUCUUCUACGAUGAUAGUAGACAUGGUUUGUUAUGUUCCUUGCAGCAAGUGACAUGUGAAUGAAUAACACGAGUGGGUCCACUCAGG